ACCGUGGUUUAAGAGGCUCUGGGUGAGGCAAGAAAUUACCCUGGCCUGCGAAGCUAUCAUCAUUUGCGGGAAUGCAGAAAUCCCCUGAACUCUGAUGAAGAACGCUACGAUUUGUCUAGCGCAGAAGCGCAUUCGGCCUAAAUUAGACGACGAAUGCCUUGAAAGAUAUGAGAAAGACUUGGAAAACUUGAGUUCUCUAAUACGUGCGAACGCGGUGAUGUCGAAUGAAGAUGUCAUUGAGCUCACUAGAGAUUCAUUAUGUAUGGACGAUCGCGAUCGAGUAUACGGCAUCCUCGGCAUACUAGCCAAAUACAGUGAUGAACCUCUCGUCUCAAUUGAUUAUAGCUUGAAACCCAAGGAAAUCUAUAAAGACUUCUUCAUUAACUACUUUCGCCUAUACAGAGACCUUUCCUUUUUGAAGUUUUGUGAGAUGGCAUCUCGGCCUAGCUGGGUACCUGACCUCCAAAGUCUAAGAGACAGUUCUUACCCACUCGAAUCUCGGUCAACUCGAUCGACACCAGGUACACUUCGGGUUCUCGAAGGCGAUAAGAUAUCGAUUUCUGGUGUUCACUGUGGCACAAUUCAGAUCUCGUUCUCUUCUGUGCCUUUCUCGUCGUCCGCCACCACUAUUAAAGAAUCAAUUACUACCAUGCUAGCUGAGAUUCUAGGUAACAUAUCAUCUCAAAGCGAGGAAGCCGUGUACGAAAAGUUUAUUAGGGCCUUGUUGCCUUAUGAGCUAAGCAUAACAACUAGCAUGACCGAAUUGAAAACAUUUCUGAAAUCUUGGCAGGAGGAUGUCCCAAGCAACGAACAGAUCGUGUCAUCUCCCGAAGGACAAGUCCUAAACCGUAUCUAUCGUAACAUCCGCGGGCGAUCGUGCCAUUUAACAGAUGAUGGUUCGAUCAUCCUAGGCCCAGGCACGGCUUGCAAUGGGGAUCAUAUCUACGUUAUUCCAGGUUGCGAUAUUCCUCUUGUACUGAGACGAACGGAUGGAAUAGCUUAUCGAAUAAUUGGUACGUGCUACCAUUCGGAGUAUGUGAAUAGGGAGGCUUUAUUAGGGAAACUCCCUAUGGGAUGGGAACCAUCAUACGAACAAGGAGUGUAAUGGUAUGCAAAUGAUGAGCAAAAUAUCAAGACUCUGCGCGAUCCAAGGCUAGGGCCACUGCCUUCGGGUUGGAAGGAGAAGAAGUUUCCAAAUGGGGAAUUUGGUUGGAUAUCAAACCAACAUGGCCAUAACGAUUUAAUAAAUUUUGAUCCGAGAUUAGCGGUCGACGCAUUGCGAGCUAGAGUGUACCUAGGUCGCUCAAGCAAGGGACUAUCGCGAAACUUAUUCGACGCGGCUGUGCCCUCUUUUACUGGCC